CAAACUUUAUGGGACAUCGAAUACUACGCUGGAAUAGGGAAGAAACUGGAGUGAAGAACCUCAAGCCUUGUCCAAACACCACCCUCACCAGCCUCAGAGCUCCUCUGUUCGACUGCUUCUCGGCGCUCCUCUGGUCCAAUCGAACUGUUGAGUGUCGAAGAUUCUUCACAGUGCCUUCUUCUUCUUCUUCUUCCUCUGUUGACGACGACACCAUAGCUGGCUUCUCAGUGACUUCUUCUUCGGCGCUCCUCUGGUUCUCAGUUCUACCACCAUCAGUCAGCCACCGCCUCUGCUCAACUGCCCCUUCCCCUGUUCCCAAGCUCAGGGGAGCGGAGAAUGAAGUUAGAGACAGAAAGUCUCAACGAUGGUAAAUGCAAUGAUGGAAAAGAAAAAGAGAAGGUUCACUUUCUGUGCUGAUAAAGUGAUUAUGCUGGUCGUGUAAGUUGACACAGUUACACAACUAUUCACAGAUACAUGUACACAUAUAUUAUUUGUUGUAUCUUGUUGCUCAUUUGUUUUGAGGAGAUUAUCGAGGAGUUUGAGAAACUUGAAUUAUAAACUUGUGCAAUUAAACAAGUAUAAGUCGGUUUUUCUUUAGCUGAUUACCGAGAAACCCAGCAUGCAGGGGGACAAGUUAAAACGUCACGUCGUGUAAUCAGAUUCCUUGGAAUUGGAUUAUAGAAACAAACGCACCGUUGGCUCCAUCGUCCUCCAACAACACGAUGACGAUGACAAUUGUACCCUCCCUUCACUUCUUGCUCCCUCAGAACCCAAAACCCUUCCAAAUCCCUAAUUUUAUCCUGAAAACCCACUACGCCCCUUUUAAUUUCAGACCCCAAUUUUCCCGGGAAACAAACACCCCUCCUUCCCCCACCGACCGCGGACUCAUUUUCCAGGAAAAAGUUCAGUACCUCAAGAAUCUCAAAGUGAACCCACAGAAAGCCUUCCAAGUAAACCCUAACCUCCGAUCCACACCACUUUCCACCGUCAAAUCCGUCGAGCAAUGCCUCUCUUCCAUGGGAAUCCACCGCUCCGCCAUGGGAAGAAUCCUCGAUAUGCUCCCGGAGCUUCUCAACCGAGACCCCGCCACGGACCUCUAUCCGAUCCUCGAUUUCCUCCUCAACGACGUCGGAAUCCCUUACCCCGACGUUCACAAAUCGAUCUCGCGGUGCCCUAGGCUCUUGAUCUGCAGCGUGGAGGAGCAAUUGAAGCCAACCCUAAAAUUCCUGAUGAAAUUAGGGUUCACCGGUUCGAAUUCCCUAACGUGCCAGAACACUGUGCUACUUGUUUCGAGCGUGGAGGGAACGCUCAUUCCGAAGAUCGAGUUCUUGAAAAGCUUGGGGCUUUCGGAAUCAGAGGUUAAUUGCAUGGUUGUGAGGUCCCCUGCUUUGUUAACCUACAGUGUAGAGAAGAAUUUGAAGCCUAAAGUUGAGUACUUUUUGAAUGAGAUGAAUGGAAACGUUUCAGAGUUGAAUCGGUUUCCGCAGUAUUUUUCAUUUAGCUUGGAAGGGAGGAUUAAGCCAAGGCAUAAGGUGUUGGUUGAGAAUAGGGUGAAACUACCUUUGCAUCUUAUGUUGAAGGGUGAUGAUGGUGUUUUCUAUGAGACACUGAUUAAUACCAGGUUAAGAAAGCUUGAUGGAAGGUAGUUGUUGUAAAUUGGUUCUUGGUGAGAAUGGAAGAAGUAUCAUUCUUCUAUGAAUUGACAGUAUGAAGGUAUAAAAUGUAUGUGCAUAUUUGAUAUAAAUCAAUCGUGUUUUACCUGUUUGCAUAAAGAUUUUUGAAUUGUUCACAGCAUGGUUUCUCAUCAAAAUGGUGGUGGAUGGAGAGUGGAUCGGCAUGGCUUCAUCGGACAUAAUUUUCGAAAAAAUGUUGGAAAUGCAACAAAAGCUUGGCCAUUUAAAUCCAUACUUGUUUGGUUUGUGUUAUACAGAUAAGAGGACUGCAUGUUAUUUGAUCAGAAGAGCCAUGAUCGAUGGAUUCCUUCCACUUCCUCCACUCUGUAGCCAAAAGAAAAAGAGGAUAACAAAAGUAUCUUUCAAUAGUUUUGCUCAGAAUAUAGUGUGUAGUACUUUAUAAUAUGUGCAAUUUUGAUUGUCUUUGUGAUUAUGAAACCAAAGAGAUAAUCUUUUUGUUAAUAAUACCUGCUUAAUUUUCUCCGGCA